GGAAAGAAUCAUCAUGGCAAAACAACAUACCACAACACACUCACAUAACACACUCACAUGACACACAUAUAGUUCCUGAAGUGAAGCUUGUAUUGGUCUUUAACGUAUUUCAUUGUUGUUCUGUCAGGUUCCUUUAAAUUACGUCGUGUUAGUGUUACCUGUUUCCGGUCAUGAUCGCUUGUGAUUUUGUAAAGCUCUCUUGUUAAACAAAAUCCAAAGUUACUUGUUGUUUUUGACUUUAUACCGUGCAAAAUGAAAAGCUCUGUUUCCGUGUUUAUCGUCCUUUUCGCUGCAAACUGUUUUUUGCUGGAAGGCUCGAGCCACUUGCACAGCAGGAAAAUCCCUAAAUUAGCCACGGUGUGGGGGUUUUCUUGGCAAAACUGCGGUGACCAAGAUCCUGCACAAUUGAAGACACUCCAUAUAUCUCCAGAUCCCAUUCCCAUUCCAGGACAGUUAACAGCAGAAGCAUCAGGCACAACGUCAGUAGAGCUGGUAUCUCCUCUCUCGCUGAACGUGACGUUGGACAGAGAAGUAGCUGGUGUGUGGGUGAAAAUACCAUGUCUGGAUGAAAUAGGAAGUUGUCAUUAUCCUGAUAUCUGUGACCUGCUCAAUCAGCUCAUCCCCCCAGGACAGGACUGUCCCGAGCCUCUGCAUACAUAUGGCCUGCCCUGCCACUGCCCGUUCAAAGCUGGUGAUUAUUCUUUUCCUACAUCAAAUAUCUACAUACCAGACGUUGAACUGCCUGGCUGGCUGACUAAUGGCAAUUACAAAGUACAGGGUGUUUUAGGAAGCUCUGGGAAGGAACUGGGAUGCCUCAAAAUCAGCUUCUCGUUGCAUUCCUCGAUGUAACACUAUCAAGCAGAGAUUAUUUACUGUCCUAUGACACUGGUUAGGGGUAAGAAGAGAAAACAUGUCAUGAUUAAAGGUGGAAUGUGAUUCAUCUACUUUUACCUAAAUUUCACUUUCAUAACUUUUUAGAAUGUGAGCAUUUGUUUUCAACUAAUUAGAAGUCUCAUUCAGUUGUUUUUGCAAAAUUCACUUUUAUAUGGUGUGUUUGCACACACAACCAACAUACAAUGAAAAAAAAUCCAUUAUCUCCUUUUUUUUCUCUCUCUCUCUUUUUUUAAUCCUCAAAAAAUCUUAACACUUGGUAGAAACUGUAAAUGUCCCUAUAAGAUUGCUUCACAAACCACUGGACAAAGUUUGAAAUCUGAGACUCAAAACUGCACUGGAUAAACUGCACUGGUUUUAUUUUAUUAUUUUUAUUAACAUGAAUGUUUUAACAACUGAUUGUUUUCAUGAUUUAUGCUCUUGUUCUUUUAGUACAAAUGAAGUUCAGUGUUAAAUCAUAGCUGAAUCAGAUUUUUGUUUAAUAAAUAGGGAUUUUUUUUAAUAAACAUUCAAACAAGUU